CGCUGAUUACGUAAGGUCUCAGGGGCCGGCGCGGUUCCGCUGGCUAGUGUGUACGCGGCUCCCGGCUCCCGGCCUCCGGCGCCGCCCGCACGGCCCCUGUACCGCUUACCCCUAGGCCCCGACGCCAGCUGCCACUCGGCCGCCACUGGACAUGGACUCCGCCGGCCAAGAUAUCAACCUGAACUCCCCUCGCAAGGGUCUGCUGCCGGACCCGAUGGCCGACAUCCCUGUCGACUCCACCAUGGCUGCCCGGACUCCUGCCGCUGAGGGUCUGACGGAGGCUGAGGAGGAGGCGCUCAGGGCUGAGCUGGCCAAGGUGGAAGAGGAGGUUGUCACCCUGCGCCAGGUCCUGGCAGCUAAGGAGAGGCACUGUGGGGAGCUGCGAAGGAGGCUGGGGCUGUCUGCCCUGGGCGGGCUGAAGCAGAGCCUAUCCAGGAGCUGGCAUGACGUGCAGGUCUCCACUGCCUAUGUGAAAACUUCUGAGAAACUUGGAGAGUGGAAUGAGAAAGUGACCCAGUCGGACCUCUACAAGAAGACUCAGGAGACCCUUUCGCAGGCAGGACAGAAGACGUCAGCUGCCCUGUCCACCCGAGGCUCUGUGGUCUCUCGGAGAUGUUCGUCCGUCAGGGCUCACCCACUCUCACACUCCUUUAGCAGCUACUCCAUCCGCCACUCGAUAAGCCUGCCGGCCAUGAGGAACUCUGCGACCUUCAAGUCAUUUGAAGACCGAGCUGGGACCAUAAAGUCUAAAGUCGUGGGUGGCAGAGAGAACGGCAGUGACAGCCUCCCUUCCCCGACGGGGAGCGGUGACCAGCACCUGCCAGAUCGCACGCCUUUUUAAGCUCGCCAACGCUUCGCCCAGCACGGAGUGACCGGGACGGACGGGCAGAGCGGUCUUGAGGACAGCUGUGCCACCCUUGUGCACGCGUGGCAUGAGCUAGAGAACACGGUCCUACCCCCAGGUGUUCUACACCAGAUCACUGUGCUGCCUGCCUUGGGGUGUGGUGUGGACAGGGCAGAGGUUAGCUCGUGGUGUGGACAGGGGCAGCCUCGAGCGAGAAAGACGUCGCCCGCCCUGGCCUCCCCUUCCUCACUCACAGGCCACAGUUGCCCAGAAGGCCCUUCCCGAUCCUCAACUCCCAUCACGAAUGCUGACUGAGAGACUCCACCUGCCAAGACCCGGAAGGGGCCUGGGCCAGCCUCUGCCUGAUCGUCGCACCGACAGUCUAGCUGUAACAAAGGCAGAUCUGUUCUUUUUAAAAUGCAGUGGACUAUUCAAAGAUUAAAACUAGGCACAUAGCUUUAGCCUCGUAGAGAA